CGGAAGCGAAGGAACCGGGUGUUUUGCCAUCUACGCCGGCGGCUGUUGCUGCUCUUUAGCCGGGGCGGGAGGGAGGAGACCGGCUUGAGCCGCGGGGGCCGCUCCGGGCUUUGAAUGUGGCCGGGUGGCCUGCACAAUCGGCGGCUCUCCCGACGCGAGGGCGACUAGCUGGCAAUCAAAAAAAAGAUCCAUCUGCCAGCCACCAUCCCUGACCCUUGAAGAGCCAUGGGGAACACCAGCAGCGAACGGUCUGGCGUAGAGCGCCACGGAGGCCAUAAGGCAGCUCGAAGGGACAGCCCUGGGGGAUCAAAGGAUGGAGACAGGCCCAAGAUUUUGAUGGACAGUCCCGAAGAUGCUGACCUGUUCAAUGCAGAAGAAAUGAAAGCUCCGAUGGAGAAAGACGAAUUCCUGGCUUGGCAACACGACCUGGAAGUGAGCGACAAAGGCCCCACACAAGCUCAGCCGACUGUCUUCCGGUGGACCGGCGGAGGCAAAGAAGUUUAUUUAUCGGGCUCCUUCAACAACUGGAGCAAACUCCCGCUUACUCGGAGCCACAACAAUUUCGUAGCAAUCCUCGAUCUUCCAGAAGGAGAACACCAGUACAAGUUUUUUGUGGAUGGCCAGUGGACUCACGAUCCUUCAGAGCCUGUGGUGACCAGCCAACUAGGGACCGUCAACAAUAUCAUCCAAGUGAAGAAGACAGACUUUGAAGUUUUCGAUGCUUUAAUGGUCGAUUCCCAAAAGUGCUCCGAAGUGUCAGAAUUGUCAAGCUCGCCACCUGGACCGUAUCACCAGGACCCAUACAUCAUUAAGCCGGAGGAGAGAUUCAAGUCGCCCCCUAUCCUUCCUCCCCACCUGCUGCAAGUCAUCCUGAACAAAGACACGGGGAUUUCUUGCGAUCCAGCUCUCCUUCCGGAACCGAAUCACGUCAUGUUGAACCAUCUCUACGCGCUGUCCAUCAAGGACGGAGUGAUGGUGCUGAGCGCCACCCACCGGUACAAGAAGAAAUACGUGACUACGUUGCUCUACAAGCCCAUAUGAAUGAGGGGAGGGAAAGCGGACCGGUGCGAGAGAAGGAAUUGUUAUCCAGAGGAUCCCCUACGCCCCCAAACUCGACAGCAGCAUCCUUGCUGUUAAAACUGCCCCCAUCCCCAGAAAAAAGUUUUGGUUGAACUGCUGGUGCCUUGCUUCUCCUCUCCUCGCCUGUUCUUUCGAUCCAGACGAUCAGCCCUGGUUUUGUCAAUCAAGCAUGAAGCUGCCUGCAAGGAGGGGGGAGAAAAAAACCCCAGAGGACAGCCAAAACCACGCAGGCCAAUUAACUUUGAAAAUUAAAUUAAAUUCUUCAACGCUUUCUACCGAAAAGCCAGAGGACAGCUACAACAGCCAAAGGGAGACGGGUGUCUCAAAUCAGUUGCUUCUGAAAAUGUCUUCUUGUAAUCCUACAGUUGCAAUCAACUGUCUGGCCAAACCUGCCGUCGUCGUUUUUUUAAAAAACCUUUUUAGUUGAUCACAGCAGCAAUAAGGACCAAAGAAGGGGGGAAAUAGCCCACUCUUUUCUCUUCCUCCCCCCCGCCCCGGCAGGGAGUCAGCAGCCUCGGUGCUUUCAAUGGGUUUUGUGGAUCCUCGGCGAUCUUCAGCCGUCCCAGCAGCAGCUUUAUUCUUUGGAAUGAUCGGCUCAACGGCAGCCUUCCAAAUCAGUAUUUUAGGUCCACCUGUCUUGUCGUUGGUAUUUACCCUGUUUCAGAAAGUGGUUUUAAUAAAUAAAAAGGCAUAGUGGAAAACAG